AUGCCAAUGUUGCAAGGCCCCGUUCUCGGUGAUGAUGAACCGGAGACCGAUAUGAGCGGCACCGAUUGGUCAGAACCCGAUAAUACAACGAUAGCUGAACUAGAACAAAGAUCCGAAAGGCUACAAAGUGUUUGCCGUAUUCAGGGUCUGUCCACUAGUUCGAUAAAUAGCAAAGAAUUCUUCGUGGAUCAUAUUCACAGCUUAGUAUGGUGCAAUGUCUUCAAAGCGGCGAGUUCCUUCUGGUUGUACAAGUUUAACAUUUUAGGGGGCUACGAUAGGAAAUUUUUGGCUCGUACGAGGCAAACACCGUUAAUGCUAGCUCGAAAAAAAUUUCCGCGUCCUAUCGAAGAGGAAUUACGUGAUGCUAUCAAUACUCCCGGUGUUAUUUCGCUGAUGGUCGUAAGAGAACCGUUUGUUAGAUUAUUAUCAGCUUACCGGGACAAGCUGGAACACAUAACCCCGCCGUAUUACAGAAAACUAGCAAAGGCCAUCGUCGCAGAGCACAGAGAAAAGGCUACAAAAUUGUUUGGACCAAUCAAGAGUUACGGACCGACGUUUUACGAAUUUGUUGCUUAUUUAAUAGAGAAACACAAAACGGAGGGUAGAAACUUUACAACGGAUGAACACUGGGCACCUUAUCAUCAGUUCUGUACACCGUGCGCUGUCAAUUUCACAGUAAUAGCGAAAGUAGAAACUUUGCCAAGGGACUCGGGAUAUGUGAUCCAACAACUUGGUCUAGGACAUGUGCUUAGUCCAAAAGUCACUAAUAGGAGAAUUAGACUACGCACCGUCAUGAAUAAAUCUAAGGACGGAAGGAACACUACAGCUCUAUUAAAGCACUAUUUUAACCAGCUCGAUGAAAGUAUGCUGAACGACUUGUUAAAAAUAUAUGGUAUAGAUUUUGAAAUGUUCGGAUAUAAUUCAAAAAUUUAUAAUCAAUAUGUUAGAAAAUAA